AUGUCACGGCGCAUACUGCUGCCAGCUCCAAAGCCUUUGUCCUAUGUUCAGACUCGAUGCAUGUGCACUUUUAGUCUACUGAACCGGUUGCAGAGAAGACCGUUUAACGGUAAAAUCGCGAAAAUCGGAUUUUAUACGGUUGAACACGUUUCACCCGUAUCAACGGCCAAUGCAGAGGCCUUCCUGCAGGAGCUAGGGGAGACAGAAGCCUCUUUCAAGACGAGGUCGUUCAAUGUCGUCGCCUACUACGUGCCACUGAACCUGGAUGCUAACAGUGAAAAGGACAGGGGGGAGAUUGAAGAAAUGAACAACAUACCGAAGGGUGCGCUGACAAAACUGAGGUGGAUCAAGCCCCCAGCACGAAGACGACCAGACCAACGUUUCGCCCAUGUAAUUGCCACAUUCUCGGAUGCGGAAUCGGCCAAUCGGGCGAUAGUCAACGGCCUGUCAAUAUGUCACAAGAGGGUCUCGGUAGCGAAGUGCAAGAAGGAGCCCAUAAGGUGCCUCAAGUGUCAAGGUUGGGACCAUAUCGCUCUGGAAUGUAUCAUUGCAAAGGAGGUGAAUGUAUGCGCGCAAGACGUUACCUACUCCGCCGAGUACCACAGGCUGAGAUUCAUGUUAAUAUGGUACAACCAGGCUCACAGAAAGACAGGUACAGGCAAACUCAACUGGGUUUCGAGCCCGCGGCCCCAAGUGGAAGACCAAUCCCCUAUAGCUCCCCCGGCCUCAAGCAACGGCUCGCCGCCCCCUGACAGUUCCACCACCCAAGUCAUUGCCCAUGUCUGA